GUGGGCGAGUCGCGUUAACAAAAUAUUAACCAAUGGGAAAUGGUUGCUAGGCGGUUCAUCAAGUAUGCAGCCCAAUUGUAACCAGGGCACCUGACGAGCGUCAACCAGCUGAGAGUCUUUCCCGCAGUUUCUAUCCUGUUAACUGUUUUAGCCGGCUUCUGUGAAACCUAGCCGCAGAGCGAGCGAGCGAGUGGUGAGAAAGAUAUGUCGUUAACACACACCACGGUAGUAAACAAGUUGUAUCUGGAAAAUAAUCCUUACCACACGCACAAGAAGACAUACGGGAAUAUAACUGAUUAGGAGUUGUAUUAUAAAUUAUUUGUUGAUAAUGUUACGGGUAAAGCGAAUUUUACCAGUCAAAGAGACACCGUCUCUCUUUUGCGACUGACUGCUGGUGUUGAUAAUAAGGAAGUUUCUAAACCUAAAGUUCGUUCUGUAUUACGAUACAUGUUGGGCAGAGGAGUGAAACGCAAGCUAAGUGACUACGACGAGAGCAUGGCUGCUGGUCCUCCAGGUCCCUUUGACUCCAGCCCGGGUCUCCCCUACCCCCAGCAGAGGCAGCUGGUGCUCAACAUGUGCCUGCGCAAGCUGCAGAGCUGCUGCUUGAAGGUGGAGCCCAGCCUUCACCGCUCCGUCCUGCUCUCCAACACCCUGCGCCAAAUCCAAGGUGAGAUGCUCAAUGAGGACUGCAACACACCCCCACUCGCAGUGCAGUCUGACGGGAACACCUACAGUGUUGACACCAGCCCCUACAUUGGGGGCAACCCCCCUGCAACUCCUGCACACAUCCCUGACCUGCCCCCAUUGCCACUCUAUAGUCAGGCAGAAGAAGCUAACCUGAUGACAAUGCCAUCUGAUAAUGGGAUGUCUUCAACCGUCUCCAGCCAUGUAAGAGUGGCUGGCUUUAUGAAGGACAUGAGCCCACCACCUGCCUUCCCCAGCUGGGCUGAGAAUGAGGAGCUGGACUUCUUUUCUUCCUCCUCCUCUUCUGAGGACGAAGGUAACGAUCAUCCAGCAGGCUCCAGAUCUCUAGAUUCCCUGUUCGGUUCCUUUGAAAUCCCAAAUUCCACCAGCUACUUGACGGACCUGGCUUUCGAUGAUAUCUUUGAGGACAUUGACACAUCCAUGUAUGAUUCCUCAGACUUCACCUCUGUUCUAUCUUUCACUGCCCCUCGCUCAUCAGUUUCCCCCUCUGAAGACAGCCUCAAGCCAUUCUCCACUUGCAGUUCCCUCUCCACUAAUGGCAUUCAGAUCUGUGUUACAGACUUGAACGAUCUGGACCACAUCAUGGAGAUCCUUGUGGAAUCCUGAUAUUUGUUUCGGUGGGAUUGGGGAAUGAUUGAAGAUUUAUAAUAUAAUUGAUAUCUAUAUUUUUAUACAGAUCAAGUUAUUUAUAUAUAUAUAAUGCAACAAAAUGUCUCAAAUCUAGAAAAUCCUGGAAUACUGGACACAUUUUAAAGACUAUUAAGAAGAAAAAUGUAACUGGUGCGGUUUAUAACUAAUCAUAGUCUUUCCUCGACGACAUUUUAAAAAAAUAUUUUAAAAAUUAAUUUAUAUUUAUUAUGGACUUGUUAAGAAACUUUCUUUUGUUUUUUAUUUACUAUAAUUUAAAAUACAAUGGGAACUAUAUAUAUAUAUAUAUAUAAUCCUGAGGAAAUGUAAACAAACCAUGAAGAAUGAUGUUUUAGCUUUUUCGAAUGAAUAUGAACUAUUUAUUUUUGUAAUAUUUUCCUACAUUUUUAAAGGGUCUUUUACUCACUUUAAAUGGUUGUUUAUCAAGCUGGACUGGCUCAAAUGGUAUGGCUUGCACUACCUCUACAGAAUUAUCUCUUGAAGUGAGUGGUGUUAGUUCAGGAACAGGGCAGGGAAAUCAACUUUAACUCUUUUAUACAAGCACAUUUGUCAUGUUAAUGUGUUAACUGGUCUUCUACAAGAAACAGACAACUGAGUAGCUCUCGAAUGACAAUGAAACAGUAUUAAUUGCACACAGAUUCUUUAUAUUCAGUGUCAUUUUGUAUACCUUGUGGACUUCACUGGAAAACCUGAAUUCUGGCAGGAGGUGUAAAUCUCUUUUGCAGCUCAGAUCUAGUAUCUCAGUGCCAGGGAGGAAAAAAGGCUGUUACCUAACACUGGAUACUUGAAUUUCACUAUCUGUGCUGGCCUGUACACAAAGGUAUUGAUUAGCUAAUCCAGCUGUAUUCAUUUCGUUUUUUUGCUGUGUGAAGUUGUGCUGGAGUUGCUGAUGGCAGCUAGAUUGUCGGUACAUUUCAUCUGUUCUCAGAACAUUUCAAGCCACCCCACUCGGGACUGCCUUUCAUGCUGUUCACACUGAAGACUUAACAGCUGAGAAAGUUACUUCAAACAUGGCUUCAGAUAGCAUUUUGCUAUAUGCAACUUCUGUUUUAUAUAUGGGGGUGGUCAAUCCUUUUGAUGGAGAAACACCCUUUGCUUUGUGUCCCUUUGGAGACAUUUUACCAGAAGAGUCCAGCAAGCAGCGCUAGAGUAUAAGAUCCAUCCCAGUAUCUAUCUGUAUCUAAAUACUGAAACUAACACUGCCCAGUGCUACAAACUCGUAGCUAUUUCUAGUUGGGAUUCAGACUGGUUAAGAAAUGGAUGUCCACCAAAUGCAUGACGAGGCAUCUUUUAUAUGAUUUUUGUCCCUUAAUUUUUUUUUUUUUUUUUUUUUUGGUCAGAAUCAUGUCUAGACCCCUAUUCAGGUAAACGCAUCCCUGACAGGUCUUAUCAUAAUCUUUUUGAGCCCCUAAUCACAAUGACAAAUCACAAUGGCUGGAACAUUUCCUCCAAUUUGGUCUUCUGACAGCCUUGUCAAGACAUCUUCUGUCAGCUCUAUCCUUUUGUUUAGCUGGAAUCUAAAAAAGGACCAGUUUGUUUCAGGAAUGGGUAGCCUAAAAUUCUUUGUUGGCAGUACCUUUUUUUAAUCAGAAUUGCCCUUAUAAUAAUUUUCAAACAAAAUUUUGUUAUGUAUUUGUAGAUUUUUAUUUAAAAAAAAAUGUAAAGUGCCUGCAUUUAGGUACCUAUGCCAAUGCCUUUUUUUAACCAAUUAAAAAACCUUUCUCGAUAAUCUUAAAGUUAUAGCCAGUCUCCCCUGCCUAAUCUAGGAUACAGUGAAAGAUUGCUGGACAAGACACAGCUUGCUAUGAAAGGGUUGGGCUAAAUCAGUUGUCUAAGAAUGCCAUUAUUAUUAUUAAUAUUAUUUAUAGACUUUUUUCCGACCAGCUGUCCAGAGAGAGAGCGAGAGUAAGCAGCCGGCUCGAUCUUUGUUAGCAAAAUAAAAACAAAAAACUAUCAGGACCUCCAUGUACAAAAGUCAAUACAGAAAUCUGAUGAAACAUCAGGAAUACAACCAUUGCUAGCUUUGUGUCCCUUUCAAUUUAAGGUCACCUUUUGUAUGUAAAAAUUGAUUUAUUUUUAAGAAAAAAUUAUACAGCAGUCACAUUGCAAAAAUAGUUCACUUUUAUUGGAAGUGUCCAAAUAAGGAUGAGGAAAUCUGUGUUUUACUUACUUUUGGUUCUUGAAAGGUACAGGCUGAGAGUAAAUCCUGCCAACACUUCACUAGGCAAAAGGUGAAACUUGAAAGCGUUCUCCGCUUGGUCUCUGUGCAUUGGCUGGAAGGUGAAACAGCUCAUGAAUAAUGUUGUUAUGUUCAGGAUUGGCAACAGUAUACUCCUGUUCUGGAAUUGAACUGAAGCUUGUUUCUGUUGGGAGUUUUAAUUUGUCUUUGAGAUAGUGGGUUUGUUGCCUCCAACACACAGUAUCAAUUUGAACACCAGGGAGCAAUCUCAUCUGGGUUUCACUGCAGACUGUUCAUCUGACUAACCUGUCAAUUUUACUGUUGUAUGUAUGUAUGUAUGUAUGUAUGUAUGUGUAUGUGUAUGUGUGUAUAUAUAUAUAUUCCCCUCUGUGUGGAUAUGUAUUUUUUUGAGGUUGUUCAUUACAGAGGAAUGAGAUAAUAUAUGAAAUGUAUUUAAGGGUGGUAAAAUAGGAGGUCCAGUCUAGUUUUCCUUGGCAGAUCAUGCAAAAUGCUGGUGCCAUUAAUUCUGAAGGGAUUUUUCGCUAACCUUGUAAUUUUCUAGUGCAGUUGUUGAUUUAUUUAUAUAUACAGUAAUGUAUCCUAUAUAAUUAGGAAUUUGCUGUGUUUAUUUAUUUUUAUUUGUCAUCCAAGCUCAGUUUUAAUUGGAGUUAUUUGAAUCUACUGUAGCUCAUUUAACUACAGUUAAACAGAUAAAAAAGUAAACACUAUUGAAGUUUUUGUUUUCCCCUUUAAUUUUAUUUUGCUAUUCCCUGAAUGGGCUAUUGCAUGACCACUUUCCAGUUUACCUAAUGUACGUAUUCAUGCUGUAACCCUCCUUUUCUCUUAAAAGGUCUGAAGGCAUGUGUGUUGCCAAUGGAACUUGCAAACUGGUCUUUCCUCUUAAACCAUUGUCCAUUCCUGUUACUCUCUUAUGAUGCUAAACUGAAUUAUCCAGAUACACAAACCCUUUCACACUUACAAAGGACCUAUUUCCUCUGCCAAACUAUACAGUCCACCUGAGCAUGUCCAUCCACCUGUUUACUCAGUGUUCAUGUUAGAUUGAAUGGUUAUCGAUUUUGGUUGACCUUUUGUGGUCAAUCUGCCAAACAUGCAUGCUCAGUACAAAAUAACAUACACAUUUAUUGUACCACACCUUAAACCUUGUAUUGCAAUUGCUAAAUUUGAGGUUGUUUUGUAAAAAAUACCAACCUCCUCUAAACUCAAUACUGUACAGAAUGAAUACUGAGAUGUCUCACUUUUAUCUCCGAAGUGCAAUAUAAAUGUAUCCUGAAAACAAUAAGCUGGCUCACCUACCAACCUAACCUACCAGCAAGUCCAAGACAUUUGACAAGUUCCACUUGUUAUAGUUUGUUUCUAAAAGAAAACCUCUCUUUUGCAUGAUUAACAUACAUGUAUUACCUUUUUAUAAAGUUUAUUCUUCUGUUGGUGGUUAGCAUUUUAAAUAUACCUUUUACCGUGUAUGUGUUGUACAUAUUUUUACAUACUUUUUGUGUUCUUUGUAUAUCCUAUGCAAUACUAUUGUAGCAGGUCAUUAAAAUUAUAAUAAAAUAAA